AUGGCAGCAGCAAAAUACAUCGGAGCAGGUCUAGCCGCAAUCGGACUUACAGGAGCCGGAAUUGGGAUCGGAUCAAUCUUCUCAUCUCUAAUUUCAUCAACAGCUCGAAACCCAGCGCUACGAGGGCAACUAUUCACAUACGCAAUUCUAGGAUUCGCUCUAGCAGAAGCAACUGGACUAUUCGCACUUAUGGUUUCAUUCCUAGUACUAUACUCAUAG